UCUGUCUACUCGGAGUCGCGAUUUUCGUCGUCUUCAUCUCAUUGUCGCCGGAGCGUGUUUUGUUCACCAUUGUUGCCAUUUUCGCCAUUUUCAUUCUAGCAUUGUCGCCUUUUAUCAUCGCAUUCUCCAUCAGAAAUGGCUCGUGAACCUACACUGGCUGAGGCUUUUAGAGAAACAAAAAGAAGAAGAACAGAGUACCGGACAGCAGCAAUUCUAGAUUCACAAGCAGCUCAGAGCUCUAAUCCAACUAGUGAACAACCAGCAGCAGCCCUAAAUUCACAAGCAGCUCAGCGCUCACGCCCUGCUAAGGAAACAACUGUUGCAGAGACUUCAACGAGACGGCGCCGACGAACUAGAGAACACAGGAGAGAUUACUUCAAUACGAGGAUGGGGCCAAAGCUGAUGUUUGAUCUUGUCCAGAGGCUCUCACCACGACAGAAACAAGCUGUCGUAGAAACUGGAUUUGGUGGACUUCUUCAUCUCCAACUCUGCACCAAUGAAUCAAAGUUGGUGCAAUACCUGCUGGACAACUUUAAUGUUUGCAGGUGUGAUUUUGUAUUAGAGGAUGAUAGUCUCCACAUUGAAGAGGAAGAUGUCGAAUACACGUUGGGAAUCCCGCGAGGGCCUCUGAAGGUCAAUGAGGGGACAAAGAUGGAAGACACCUCAACCCGUUAAUACAAACUGCUGCUGACUUCAUGGAGAAGGAGGUGGGGUAUUACAGCAGGCUCGCCAAUAACUACACAGAUGCCAGAUGAGAUUGUUAGGAGAGCUGAUCAUGGUGAUGAGUUCAAGAGGGAUUUCGUAGUCUUUGCCGUUU